AAACCAGAAAGAAACCCUAGCUCUCUCGCGGUUAAAAAAAGAAGAAAAAGAAAAAAGAAAAAAAAGGAAAAAGAAAAAGAGGAAUCGAAAUUAUUGGGAAUUUUAAUUUCAAAAUCUAGGAUUCUGUUAGGGUUUCAAAUCGCCGACCGUGAGAUUCUCAAACCCUAAUCCAUGAAUUCACGCUCGUGAUUUUGACGAUUUGUGGGACGAAUAGACUGUUUCGUGAUAUGUCGGUUGAGAUCUGAAGAAAAUGUACAGGCAUGUAUGAUGGAAUGUGAAAAUUGGGGGAAUUUUGGUCUGGGCGUUUGUACUGUUGAUUGUUCAUGGAAGGUAGAGAAGAGAACUCCAAUGGCACUGCAAUUCCCAAAAAAUCGAGAUCUCUGGAUCUUAAAAGUUUAUAUAAAUCAAAAUUGACAAAAGAAACUUCAAAGAAGAACUUAAAGAGGAUAGGUAGUAGUCCUGGGAGUGGUGAUGAGAAGAAGAACAAGAGAAAGAAGGCUAGAAAGGAAGUGUCUUUAAGCAGUUUAGAUAAUGCUGAUGCAAGCAGCAAGAAGCUUCUUGAUGAAGAAUAUGACAAAGGGCCGGGUUCUGGUAGGCAGGAUUUGUGUGAAUUGAAGUUGGGGUUGAGUCAGAAAUUGAGUAGCAGUAGUGUGCUCAAUGGAGUUUCACUUAUUGUUGGUGGUGAUGUUGUUCGUAUUCCGAAGCGAAAGAGGAAUUUUGUGGGGCGGAAGAAAUUUGAAGCUGGUCAAGCAUCAAAUCUGGCUGGGCAACCUAGUUGUAAAGUUGGUCAUGUUGAUCAGGUGCCUAAGUUAUGUAGUGAUGAUUUGGCCAGGGGGGUUGAGUCUUCAAAGAUUAAACAGAAGAAAGAUUUUGAUGAAUUUAAGGAAAAUAGGAAUAGUGAUUCAAAUUCAGUUCAGCAUUUCAAGGGGAAUGGGGAUCAUGCCUCUCAUUCUGUUGUAAAUAGCGGUGAUUCCUCUUUAAAAAAGUCACAAAGGAAGGAAAGGAAGAGAAAGGCUCUGGCUUCAGAUAGAGUUAGGGUUGCCAAGGAGGCUGAGCCCUUGAUUGAUAGUUGUAAAAUAUCUGAUGAUUUGCAGGAAGAUGAUGAGGAAAAUCUUGAAGAGAAUGCAGCAAGGAUGCUAUCUUCAAGGUUUGAUCCAAGCUGCACUGGAUUUUCUUCUAGUAGCAAGUCUUCUACAUUGCCAUCAGCAAAUGGUUUGUCCUUUUUGCUAUCUUCUAGUCAAAAUGUUGUUAAUCGUGGGUCGAAGUCGCGGUCGGGGUCAGAAUCAGCAUCAGUUGAUACUACUGGCAGAGUCUUGAGGCCAAGGAAACAAUUCAAAGUUAAGGGUAAUUCCAGGAAGAGGCGCCAUUUUUAUGAAAUUCGGUUAGGUGAUGUGGAUGCAUAUUGGUUACUGAACCGGAAAAUUAAAGUGUUUUGGCCUUUGGACCAGAGUUGGUAUUAUGGCCUUGUUGAUGACUAUGAUGAAGGAAAAAAGCAGCACCAUAUUAAAUAUGAUGAUCGAGAUGAAGAAUGGAUUAAUCUCCAAAAUGAGAGGUUCAAACUGCUGUUACAUCGUAGUGAAGUUCCUGGAAAUGCAAGGAGGGAUAGAGCUUUAACGAAAAGGAGAAGUUCUGAUCAGCAAAAUGGAAGCAAGUCCAGAAAAGAAAGGCAAAGAAGAGAAGCAAUUACAGAGGAUGAUGGUUGUGGUGGGAGCUGUAUGGACUCGGAGCCUAUAAUUUCAUGGUUGGUGCGAUCUUCUCAUCGGCUUAAAUCUUCUCCUUUUCAUGGAAUUAAGAAACAGAAAACUUCUGUUACACUACCAAGUACAACCUCAUCAUUGUUAUAUGAUGAACCUGUUAGAGUAAAGGGACAUUUAGCUAAGAGUUCCUUGAGGGAUGUUAAAAAUAAUUUGUCUAGUGAUUUAUCACAAGAUAAAUUAGGUGAUAAUUUUAGGGAGAAGUCCUCAUUGCAAAGCGCCACUUGCACUAAAGAUGGAAAACGACCUAUUGUCUAUUAUAGAAAGCGGUUUCGAAGGCCAGCUCCAACAUGCCCUCGUAUGCCUGAAGAGAAACAUGUUAUUAUAAGUGCACCUUGUUCUAUUUCCUUUGCUGAUGUGGUUGCUGGGGUUGAGAAUGUAAAAGAACCAAGUCACAGGAGGGUUCAGGUUGAGGGGCCAUUGUGGUUCACUUACAAUGCGGAAGUUUCAAAUUUUUUUUGGGACAUGGAGUCAGCAUCAUUCAAAUUUGACCUAAACUUUCCAAUACGUUUGGUAUUGAAUGACGCAUUUCAAUCGGAGAAUUUUUGGUUGCUGUGUGCUGUUCUGCUGCUUCAAUAUGGUACAGUUAUGACCAAGUGGCCGAGAGUUUGUCUGGAGAUGCUUUUUGUCGAUAAUGUGGCUGGGUUGAGGUUUCUAUUUUUUGAAGGCUGCUUGAAGAUGGUUGCUGCCUUUGUCUUUUUUGUCCUUAGGGUAUUUCAUCAACCUGCUCACCAAGAGAAGUAUGUUGACUUGCAGUUGCCUUUUACGUCUAUUGGAUUCAAGUUUUCCAGUGUUCAUGUUAUUAAGAAGCCACUUGUGUUUGCAUUCUAUAAUUUCUCUAGAGUGAAGAACUCUAAGUGGGUGUACUUAGAUUCUAAGCUUAAGAGGCAUUGCCUGCUUAGUAAGCAACUCGACCUUUCUGAAUGCACAUAUGAUAAUAUUCAGGCACUUCAAAAGGGAUCAAGGGAGUUCCCCAUGACUUCCAUCAGUGAGCCCUCCUCAGUCAAGGUCUUGCGGAAGAGGAAUAGGCCGGAGAUUAACAUUAUGGGUGUUUCCAAAGUGUCCACUCAAGUUGAUACUCGUCUGUCUUCUGAUGCUGGCGAGAGGAAGCUUCCUCCAUUUGCUCUUUCUUUUGCUGCUGCACCUACAUUUUUUCUUUGUUUGCAUCUUAAGUUGCUGAUGGAGCAGUCAGCAGCUCAUAUAAACUUUUGUGUUCAUGCACCAAUAGAUAAUCAGGAAGACUCUGGUUUGGUGACAGAUGACUGUUCUAGCAUUGAUGAUUGCUGUAACAGGAGUUCAGAAAUUAGUCUGAGGAAAGAUGUGAUGAAUUUGUCAGACAGUGCUGAAGGUGAUGGAUGGUGUUGUGCUGAGUUAGUUGGUCCCUCUACUUGCAGUGAUCAAAUUCUCUCUCAGAAUUGCCAGAACAAUGGUCUUAAUGGCGCUGGAACUUCAAUUUCCCAUGGUUCUGAGAGGCUUGGUACUAUUCAUUCACCAGAGUGGCAAUCCCAUCAUUCAGUGCUAGAGAUAGGCUCUUUACCUUCAAGUUCUUUAAUGCACCAGGAUAAGGCUAAUGAUUGUUCUCAUUCUUUUAAUGGUGAUCUCAGUGUCCAAAUUCCCUCAGUUGAUCAAUUUGAGAAACCUGUUGACAGUGAUUUACAUGGUACUCAACACUCUCCUGAUUUCUGUUGGAAUGUAAAUGGAGGUGUCAUUCCAAGCUCCAAUCCAACUGCUCCCAGAAGUUCUUGGCAUCGGAACCGGAAUAGUUCCUUGUCAUUGGGAUUCCAGUCACAUGGGUGGUCUGAUGGCAAGGCUUACUCUCUUUACAAUGAUUUUAGCAAUGGACCUAAAAAGCCACGGACACAAGUGUCAUAUUUAGUGCCUUUUGCUGGGCAUGAAUUUAGUUCAAGACACAGAAGCCAUCAUCAGAAAGGGCUUCCUCACAAACGAAUUAGAAAGGCUAGUGAGAAGAAGUCUUCAGAUGUUGUUAGGGGUCCUAAAAAGAAUUUUGAAUGUGUAUCUUGUGAUGCAAAUGUUUUGAUUACUAUUGGUGAUAAAGGGUGGAGAGAAUCUGGGGCCCACGUUGUACUAGAGCUGUUUGACCAUAAUGAGUGGAAACUCUCUGUAAAACUUUUAGGAAUUACAAGGUAUUCAUACAAAGCACAUCAGUUUCUCCAGCCUGGAUCAACAAAUCGUUUCACACAUGCUAUGAUGUGGAAAGGAGGGAAGGAUUGGAUCUUGGAAUUUACUGAUAGGAGUCAGUGGGCUCUUUUCAAGGAGAUGCAUGAGGAAUGCUACAACCGGAACAUACGUGCUGCUUCAGUCAAAAACAUACCUAUUCCAGGUGUUUACUUGAUAGAAGAAAAUGAUGAUAAUGGACCCGAGAUAACUUUUGUUCGGAGCUGUAAGUAUUUCCGACAGGUUGAAACAGAUGUUGAAAUGGCUUUGGAUCCAUCCCAUGUUCUGUAUGAUAUGGAUAGUGAGGAUGAACAGUGGAUCUCGAACAUUCAAAAUUCUGAAAAAGAUAACAGUGACUUGAAUGGGAUCUCGGAGGAGAUGUUUGAGAAGACAAUGAACGUGUAUGAAAAGGCUGCAUAUGCUCAGCAACGUGAUGAGUUUACACCUAAUGAAAUAGAGGAACUCAUGGUUAGUGUUGGGCCUUUGUGUGUUGUCAAAAUUAUUUAUGACCAUUGGCAGCAGAGAAGGCAGAAGAAGGGAAUGGCUUUAAUACGACACUUGCAGCCGCCUCUAUGGGAAAGAUAUCAGCAAGAAGUGAGAGAGUGGGAAGUAGCCCUGACCAAGAACAACACACCUACUUCUAAUGGAUGCCCAUAUAAGGUUCCAACUUUGGAGAAGCCGCCCAUGUUUGCUUUCUGUUUGAAACCAAGAGGUUUGGAACUACUGAACAAGGGAUUAAAACAUCGGUCACAAAAGAAAAUUUCUGUCUCUGGGCAUACAAACUGUAUUCCAGAUCAGGAUGGCUUCCACACUUCUGGAAGAAGAUUGAAUGGCUUACAAUUUGGUGAUGAAAAGUUUGUAUACCCAGGCCAUAGUUAUGAUUCUUUGGAUGAUUCCCCAUUGCCUCAAACUUCACCGAGGGUAUUCUCACCACGGGAUGCUGGCAGUAGAUAUUAUUCUAUGACCAAUGAUGGAUACUAUAGAAAUCAUAUCCCAAAAUUUCACAGGAGCAAGUCCAAGAAAUUGGGGUCAUUUAUGUAUCAUAAUGAUUCACAGACAACGGCUUCUUAUAGUCAGAGCAUGUCAGCGUCAGCAAAGAGAAAUGGGGUUAGUAGGUGGAAUAUGGGCAACUAUGACUUGCCAGGUCACAGGCAGUACGUACUAGAUGGCUCUCAGAGGCAUGGGAUUGAACAAUUGGAUGGUUCAGACCUUGAUGAGUUUAGACUGCGUGAUGCCUCAGGUGCUGCUCAGCUUGCACGUAACAUGGCUAGGUUAAAGAGAGAGAGAGCUCAGAGGUUGUUCUAUAGAGCAGAUCUAGCAAUUCACAAGGCUGUGGUUGCUCUUAUGACUGCUGAAGCAAUGAAAGCUUCUGAGGACUCAGUUGGUGAUGGGUAGUAUGAUGAAACAUCUGACGCUCUGAUAACUUCAAGCAUCCCUUCUGUUUGCAAUGGAGCUGCAAAGAGGCAAGACUAGACAUGACGUCUGGUUUACUUUGUCAUGAGUUUUGGCCUUUUUUCAUUAUCCAUAUAUAUCAAGUGAGCUUCAAUCAAGAGAUCUAAAUUCAGUGAGGCGAGGGGAGAUUCAAAGUUCGAUUCCCUAGCACUGUCCACCAGAACCUUUUCCAGCUUGAGAUCUGCUCGGUUCAGAGUAAUUUUUGCACUGAUAUGCAGGGUAUAGAAGGUUAAUAUGAAUUUUUGGCUGGCCUAUAUUGUACAGAUUCCCUUCUCCCUCCUUUUUGCCCUUAUUUCUACCCCCCCCCCCCCCCCCCCCCCCUUCUCUUUCUCAGUUUCAAAUAUUCAACAUGAAAAUAGAA